AUGACCCACAAAGCCGACGAAGACCCCACAAUAGUGGAAACCCUCCGCAAGCUCCAAUCCCGCGUGCAAGUCUGGGUCAAACCCACAGACCGCAUCCUUACCGACGCAGAUGCCUACGAAUACGACCUCUACCGAGCCGAAAAGGUAUCAGGCAAGGUAUCAUUCCAAUGGGGUCUCUCUCUCACCAUCUUCGGUAUCCUCGCGGGGUCUAUAACAUAUUAUACCUGCUGGCAAUUAGUUACUGGAAAUCUUGCAAAAGUGGAGCAUGGGUGGGGGUUGUUUCCGAAUGAUGUGGCUGGGUUGGUUUCGGUUAUGUUGUUCCAUUUACUCAGUUUUCCGGGGGUUGUGAUAGUAAGGGGGAAUCGGAAGGUUAGGAGGGUAUGUGGGGAGAUUGUGGGGCAUUGUGUAUUGUCGUUGGUUCUGGCGGCGUUAUGGUCUACCAUGUUAUUUGGGUCGAAAGUGUCGGGGAAGAUUGUUCUUUUUGAGCUUAGGCCAUUCAAAGUUCAUACGGCAGCACGCUCGUAG